AUGUCCGCCCAAAUCGACAUCACAAACCCCGCAGUUGACAACCCCCUCGACGACAUCUUCGGUUCCUCUCCAGAACCAGAGAGACGACCAGAGAUGCGCGCCUCCGAAUCGUCAAACGAACCCUCCGACCUCCCCUCUUUACGCCGUCAGCACGUCACAGCCGGCUACCGCGAUGGCGUCGCAACAUCCAAAGGCCAACACGUUCAAGAAGGGUUUGACGCCGGGUUCCCCAUUGGCGCACAACUUGGUAUGCGAGCAGGCACAAUUCUCGGUAUUCUCGAGGGGAUUACGCGCGGACUGGAAGACCGCUCGCUCGUGAAGAAGCAGGGGCCAGGGACCAAAGAAUCCAUCGAUACGGGAAUGGAAGCGCGUCGUGCGACACGAGAACAGGUUCUCAAACUCUAUGUGCAGGCCAUCUCAGCCCUGGACGUGCAGAGCGUGUUUACAGGCGAGGAGAGCACUGAAGCAGGGGAGAUGGCGGAGACAACAUUAGGUCGGAAGGGGGACAAGGUAGUCUCGAAGUGGGAGGGCAGGGUGGCCGUGCCUGGAUGGGAGGAGAACAUGGAGGCGCUGGAGAUGAAGGACAAAUCUUCCAGUCAGGAGCAGGGCGUCGGGGAACGCAUUUGA